AUGGAUUCUUUCAACGCUGCUCUAAAGGAUAACAUCACGUUUGUGCGCCCUGCAUAUUUCAUAAUAAGUGGAUUUGUUGGCAUACCAAAUAUCAAGUAUUACUUUGUUUUUCUCUUUUUUGUUUACAGUCUUUCGUUCAUUGGAAAUGUAACUGUAAUGACUGUUCUCAUGUUGGAUCACACCUUAAGAAGUCCUAAACAUAUUGCGGUUUUUAAUCUGGCAUUGACAGACUUGUUAAGUAGCUCUGCUUUGGUGCCAAAGGUUAUUGAUACUUUUCUGUUCAACCAUCACUUUAUUUCCUACAAUAACUGUUUGACCUACAUGUUUUUCUGUUUCGUUUUAAUUUCAAUGCAGUCUCUUAAUCUGGUUGCACUCUCUAUUGACAGACUGAUGGCCAUCCUCUAUCCACUGCACUAUCAGGUGAAGGUGACGCACAGAUUCAUGCUGUCUGUGAUCGCUUUUUUCUGGCUCUUUUCUGUUACAGAGACUCUCACUGGAGUCAGUCUUAUCACGAGAGUUUCUUUCUGUUCGUCAGUGGUUAUCAAGAGUUAUUACUGUGACCACGGUCCUGUUUAUCAGCUUGGCUGCAACGAUGUCACCCCAAAUAUUGCCAUUGGACUAUUAGCUACGACUUUUAUUCUUUGGAUGCCAUUGAUAUUUAUCUUGUUUAGUUAUUGUUGUAUUAUUCAUGCUUUAUCGAAAAUUUCUACAGUUCAGCAAAGAGUUAAAGCCUUUAAAACAUGCACCGGCCAUAUUUCUUUAGUGGCAUUAUUCUACUUGCCUGUCUUAUUUGUGUAUUUAUUGAGGUCUAAAAUCAGUAUAAAUGCUAGAAUCAUUGGCUUGUCAUUGAGUAGUGUCAUCCCUCCCACACUGAACCCAAUCAUUUAUGUUUUUCAGACUCAAGAAAUCAAGGAAUCACUGAAAAAGUUGCUGAAAGUCAGGGAGAAGUCCAAAAUCAGAACAAAGAAUGAGCAAACUUAA